AAACAAACCAACUCCCGCUACUGAAGCAGGAAAUCAUUAAAAAUCGCCCCUACAUCUGUUCAAAAUUUGUGUGGGCCAAGGGAAGCCCGUGAAAAGCACGCACGAAGGAGAGUGUAUCGCGCGACACAAGGCCACAAACUUGCCAUCGGUUGAGCAGUGAAAUUGAACACAAAGAAUGCAAACCAAUGAAUACACCGUGGAGGAGCUGACGAACCUGGCGCAACAGAAGAUUGACCUUGGCGAGAAGCUGCUGAGCGAUCUGGCUCCGCGCGAAACGAUCGAAGGUGUGCGAAAGAUCCGGAAGAAGAUUAGUCAGGAGCUGAAGUUCCUGAACCGCGUCAAAGCGAAUGGCACAGUCACGAUCAAUCACAUCCUCUGCAGUAACCUGACGCACUUUGGCUGCCUGGUGGAGUGUUUGCUGGCGAGUGCCGACGUAAAGCACGUCGAUUAUCCGCUUCCGAUCGAAGACCGAGCUUGUCCACUGCGAGUCGACAUCGUAUGCGAUGGUGGCGCAACCUGGAUCAAGGUAAUCGCCCGGAAUCCCAAAUCGCUCAGCGAUGCCGUGUACGGGCGCACGAGCUACGGCUCGAAGUCGAUCCUGGAGCAGGCGGAAGAGUACGUCCAGGCGGCCAACAACUUCCCCUACAUGUUCCGGCCACCGACGGUGGUGUUCCGGUUCUUGAGUCGGCUAGACGAGGAGCUGAUCGAGGAGCUACAGAGGAUCGGUAUCCGGGUUGUGAUACUCGCCGAUGAACCUACAUCACCAACGGACGAUACACAGCAUGAGCAGCAUCCUGGUGCAUCGGUACCCGAUCGGCAGGAGGAAAUACGGCUUCUCAACGUGGACGUGACGACGCUGAUCGCUUACUGUAGUGCAAUGACGAACGGAUCCGCAAUGUGGGAGUUCAAGCAACCGCUGCUCAGCGAACAGGCCCGCUGGGAGCGCGACAAACCGGUGAAACCGAUACUGGAUCAACUGUUCACCGGACGGAGGCUUAUCUGCUGUCAGACGGCGUACGAUUCUUUCCACGAUAUCCUCACCAUUUUGGGUGGUGAAGGCGAGAAGGCCCGUGCCCGCGAACUGUUCACACGCAUCCAGAUACUGCCCGAUGUGCCGCUCGAACAGGCCCCGAAAGAACUGCAAUCACUGAAGCUUGGUGGCAAGAUACGGCCCCGGAGUCUCCAGGUGUUUGCUUUCGGACUGUACCACCGAGCCGUGACCGUCACGUCGAACGAGGGUUUUACGCGGGCUGCCAAAAUGCAAGGCCUCGAGGUGCCCGUCUUCCUUCACGAUGCCCGCGCACUGACGGAGGACAAGGAACGGACGGCACGAGCACUGCUGCUGCCACCACCCGAUGACACCAAUAAUGCCCACGACUCUUUUAUCGAGUGAUAACCGAUCGAAUACAUACCAAUGCCCAUGUCCAUGUCCCAUGCCCAUCCAUCUCAUCUAACUUAUAAAAAUAUGCCUAUGCCCAGCACAGAAUCAAUCGAAGCAAACGAGCAAAACGAAUACAAAAAAAAAACAAGACGGAAAAAUAAAAAGCAAUCCCAAACAAA